AUGACAACAAAGCUUUCUGGAACAAAGCUUUGCAACCUUUGCCAAUCGGUUUGUCAAUGUGUCUCCCUCUCCCCAUCUGGACCACAGCCUCACCAUGAGGAUUCAGGCUGUAACAAUUGCUUUCUUUCUGGCCCACCUAUACACAAAGCAUUUGAUUGGAAUGACCUCUCUCUCUUGUCUCAACAACAUCAACAUGUUUUGUUUGUGAAUGCAAGCAAUACUAGAUGGGAUUGUACUCUGGGCAUCCACACAGCUCAUGGAUACUGGACACAUGAGGAAGCCAAGAUUUCUUAUCCACACCAACAACACUACAUCAAUGGCGUACCUCAACAAGCAAGGCAGCUCACAUGCCUUCCAUCUGAUACAACUGGUCACAAAGAUUUGAAGAUAGUGUCUCUACCAUGGUCUCUGAUUGGCUGCACAGCAUAUUGCAGGGAAGGACAAUGUCACUGCCAAUCUGAAAUCUUGCCAGACUUUUACAAAGAACCUCUGGAAAAUCUUCAAGGCAACGUUCAGUACAGUACAGUUAACAUGGAAACCAUACAAUAUAUGGCAGGAGAACUUGACGGUGAUCUUGGUGGCUCUGACUUGGCCGAGUGCCAUAUGGUAUCCCCUUCUCCUGAAGAUGUUAGUGGCUUCUCCCCUAAUUCUGAACAAUCAGUCUAUAGUUUUCGCCUCUCCCAAGACCCCAUGGUCAUUGAAGAACUCGACGUGGAAGCUCAUCACAUACAGACUAUCAAGCGCAAGUUUGAUAAUACAGACUUGACUGAUGAAUCCGUUCUUCUUCUUAUAGAUUCUGCCCUCACCAAUACUCCUACCAACCACAUCUAUCAAUGGGGCCAGCACUUGUUCAUUGCGUGGGCCCUUCAACAAGCUGUUUCUCUCACAGAAUUUAUCUUACAAGAUCUGAUCAAUUUCUUGGUUUACCAACACAAUGAAGGAUUUGGCAUGAGUACUAUUAAGAAUCAUUAUACUGCUGCUCUCAAAUUACAUACCAACCCCGAAUCUCUUCGAUUCCAUGAAGAUGUCUGGACUGUCUUUUCUUGUCUUGCACUCCAAGCUUCUCCUUUGCGACAGAGCAGGCCCUCUAUUGAUCUUGCUCCUACUCUCAAUCAUGUUGCCUCCAUUGUUUCCAUCACUUCCACUUCUCUUGCUCCCCUCUUGCGCAAGACAGUCUUUCUUAUUGUAAUGGCUGCUUUUAUCCACCCAUCCAAUCUUGCUUGCCUCCAACUCUUGGAUCAUCCCCAGGCUUCCACUGCUCACCCUCCUGAAUGCUUGUUUGUUAAUGCACAUCAAUCUACGAAUUCUGUACAGGUUUCUAUCAUCUCCUCUUGGCUUUGUAGUCUUCUGCAGCUCUCUAUGCAUGAACCAGUUUUGGUUCAGUCUAUUGCCUCCACUCUUGCUCUCAAACGUGAUAUGUCUUUGGACAACAUAGUUACUCUUGGUAAUUGGUCUAGUCAUAAAGUCUUCCAGCAACAUUACAACCGCAACCACAUUUUGUCUGCUGAUUUUACUAAUGUUGUAUUACGUCCCUUGGCUUCUAUUCUGGUCUUGGGUUUGGUGGUCCUCACUGUGGUUCAUAGUGACUUAGAAAAUAUACUCUGA